UGGGGGGUGGGGGGUGUUGCGCGAUGUUCUUCACGCGGCCGUGCUUUUCUAACUUUCAGGAACGGAUUUGGGGACGCACCGGCGGCCGGAGGACUCUCGGAGAAGCGUGCGUCAUCAGCAUCUUUUCUCCGUUUUACGCGCCUCGUGCGGAGCUGCAGACUUUUUUGCGUCAUUUUCAUUUUCCUUGCAGUGAAACGUCAUCAUGCCGCGGUCAUUCCUGGUGAAAAACAAAAGAUGCGCAUCCUACAACGUUCACCGCUUCCAGGAGGAGCCAGAGGCCGCAGUUUGCGCAAAAGUCACGCUGCAGCUUCAGAGCGCAGACCUGUCGGACGUGCCGCAGCCCGGGGAGCAGGCUGCGGCCCCCCCUGCGCAGCAGCAGCAGGUGCAUCCCGUACUUGUGCAGCGGGACCCUCCCACCUCUCCGGUGGCGUGCACGCAGCCCUACUUUCUGAGCGAUCCCCACGCGGACGACUUCCCCCCGUACUACAAGCCCGCGUUCGCGUGGGAGCCGGUGGGGUCCUCCUUCGAGCUGCGUCAGCUGAGCUUCAGCCCCACGGUGCUGCAGCACGCCAGCAGCCUGUACGGGGGCCGCAUCAGCCGCAGCCCCCCCGCGCAGCAGCCGCUGGACUGCAGCACCCACUACCCCCCCAUGUCCAGCACCUACCACUGCAUCACCUGUGACAAGGUGUUCUCCACGUCACAUGGGCUGGAGGUUCACGUCAGGAGGUCCCACAGCGGGAUGAGGCCGUUCGGCUGCAGCAUCUGCAGGAAAACUUUCGGCCACGCCGUGAGUCUGGAGCAGCACAUGAACGUUCACUCUCAGGAGAAAAGCUUCGAGUGUAAGAUGUGCGGGAAGUCCUUCAAGCGCUCCUCCACCCUCUCCACGCACCUGCUCAUCCACUCGGACACGCGGCCGUACCCGUGCCAGUUCUGCGGGAAGCGGUUCCACCAGAAGUCUGACAUGAAGAAGCACACCUACAUCCACACGGGUGAGAAGCCCCACAAGUGCCAGGUGUGCGGCAAAGCCUUCAGCCAGAGCUCCAACCUGAUCACCCACAGCAGGAAGCACACGGGCUUCAAGCCCUUCGGCUGCGACAUCUGCGCAAAAGGCUUCCAGAGGAAGGUGGACCUGCGGCGGCACCACGAGAGCCAGCACGGCAUGAAGUGACUGCAGACACCUGACGCACAGUCUGCAGCUGCGCAGACAUCCAAACGAACACUGCGUGGAACCGUGCAUGGACUGAGUCGCCUGAUGGUCACGCGAGAACGACAGAAAACCCGUUAAGUUUGGACAACAUUCAUGAAGAAGAGACAAAGUUCUUUAAAAUAACUUGAAAUCACGCGAGAAUCUGAGUGCCACAAUCACGAAGCAGGUGAAAACAAACACAAAUGUGACAUAAAAAUGAAGAUCUUUCAAAAUACAACAUUUUGGGAGCAAUUUCUUCUAGAAAAGCAAUAACAUUGGUUGUUAUGUCUUUACCUGUCAGUUUACUGCCACGUGGCAGUAUAAGUAAUCUGCCGCGCGCCAGUUCAUGCAGCUGUGACCAAUGAGGCUGCUCAUGAAGUCAUUCCAGAAGUUUACGUUCAGAAUAUUCAAGAAAAUGUUCAGAAACCUUCAGAAGGUUCACUGAGCAUGCGUGGGAGAUUUACUGAAUUUCAUUAAAAAAAUUGUCUGUCAUAUUUAUUUUACCUAUUGUCAUGUUGUUGAAUCUUUAAAUAAAUCUUAAAACA